CAUAUUCAGUGAGGUACCAAUAUGCUGAAAUAUACGCUCCAGAAUCGCAAAGCGUUGAGUCAGUCGCAGUCAUCUCAGGUGCCAAACAAAGUUUUUGUGAAUCCAAGUUGCCACAUAUAAGAAACCAUGGCUUCGCUAGCCCAGCUAGCUGUUUUGCUCAUGGUCUUUUCUAUGGGCCGUCGCUGUCAGGCUCAGUGGAACCAACCCUACUUUGAGCAGCCAGCAGAUACAUCAGGCAAUGUGGUUCUUCAAGGAUCAGAUCGAGCCUACACUUCCCAGUUUGAUGAAAACGUUGCAGAUCUAGCCACAGUUGCAAUAAUCAAUUACUCAGGCGCAACAAAGCCAACCUACAUUGAAGCUAUAAGCGGGUGUGGAAGUUUUGGUUUGGACUUCGUGCAAGAAAGUAGCCUUCAAAACAAAUGGGCCAUCAAAGUCUCACAGCCACAAGAUUUCGAAAACAGUCCAGCAUGCCGCAUUGAGGUGCGAGUGCAGGGCAGCACCAUUGUUGGCGUUUUGACCCUCCAAGUGCGAAAUUUGAAUGACAACAAUCCAUUCUUCGAACUCUCGGACGUUUCGUGCCCAGCUGUGAAGGAAGAUGCAUCAGGAGACACUGAAUGCAAGUUCACUUUGAAAGACUUCGAUGGGCUUCUUCCAAACAGUGCUUCCAUAACUGUGCAGCCGGCGGGACUUUUUGCAAUGACUGCCCCAGUGCAAGGGAGUGACCAGAUAACCAUAGUGAGCACACUGAGAAUUACAGGAGAACUUGAUUACGAAACUGCUCAAGUCCACAUGCUUACACUGACAGGUUCUGAUGGAGAAAGGACAAUAACGACAAAUGUGAUUUUGCGUGUCGACGACGUGGCUGAUACAGCACCAAUUUGGCUCGUGGGCCCACAACCAACAGUCAGGUUCAAUGAAGAAACCCAGCAAUCCUUCACUUACACUGCAAGAGACGGAGAUGCUGGAGCAACGGCUCAAAACUUGAAAUUUACGCUCGUCGAAGGUGAUUCAAGAUUUUUCACACUCACGUCCCCUAAUGUAAACACGUGCAAACUGGACAUCAGUGCCAUCGACAGCGACACCCAAGGCUCAGAUUUUACGGUGAUCAUCCGUGCGGAGGAAGAAAACGAUUCCGCCAGUUUCAUUGAGCAAGAAAUGCAAGUGAUUGUCAACGACGUGAACGACAACACGCCUUCCAUCACCCCAAGCACUUUGACCGCGACUAUUGACGAAAACUUCAUGGGCGACAUCAAUUUUGGCGAAAUCAAAGUUGUCGAUCCGGAUCUGGGCGCAAGUGGUCAGUAUAGAGUCGAGUUAGUGGACGAGUCUGAGAACAAUUGGAAGUCGGCGUUUGCUGUGAUUCCAAACAGUGGCUACCAAGAAACAAUUUUCUCGAUAACGGUGCUCGGCGUAAUCGAUUACGAAGAUCCGAUAUGGCGCAACAUUGCUUUGAAGUUGCGAGUGACUGAAACAGGAGACCCUUCUCACACCGCCGAAGUGCCGAUCACAAUCACCGUACAAAAUUUAAAUGACGAAACGCCAGUUUUCUCGCAGUCCGAGUAUACGGCCAGUGUGGACGAAACUGCUACCGCAGGCACGUCGAUUUUGAAAAUAGAGGCAAUAGACAACGAUCCAGGAGACACUGUGACGUAUCAGUUUUCAACGACUAGCACAGCAGUAUCAAUUGACGCGACGGGCCUAAUCACGGUGGCCAAAAACAACCCAUUUGAUUUCGAGUUCCAAAACGAGGUUAUCCUGCAGGUGGUUGCAACGGACACGGCCACUCCACCACACAGAAGCACCGCGCAAGUUCUGCUCACGAUCAUAGAUAAGAACGACUCGCCGCCGACCAUUUCUGUGGCAAACGAGGAAAUACGAGUUGCAGAAAACGCAGCAACGGGAACGGAGAUUUCCAGAAGCAUCACAGCUGAGGACCUGGACUCGGACGCAGAACUCGAGUUCCAGAUCAACUGGGACCUGACGUACGCGACCAACAAAGGAGUAAGAGUGCAAGACCCUCUCAAAUACAAAGACUGCCUGAGCAUUGAAACGGAAUACGUUGCUGAAAACAAGGGAAACGCGAUCGCUGUUUUGAAAGCCGGCACCGUUUUCUUCGACUGGGAGGCAUUUGACGCUCUUUACUUGAAACUCGCCGUCGAAGACAUAAUGCAAGAGAAUAACGGCCGGCGCGAGAUAACGGUGGUGAUCAAUGUGGACAACGAAAAUGACAACCCACCGGUAUUUGAUCCAGUUACGAUCGAAGACAAAUCGGUUCGCGAGGCAAGUUCCGAUCAACUGAUUGGCUUCGUCGUAGCCACUGAUCCAGACCAAAUGGACCUAGUCACCUACGAAAUUCAACCUGUCGGUGAUUCGCCUGCGGAAUGGGUCACGAUUAACGGCCAAACAGGAGAAAUUCGCACGUCAACAAAUAGCGAAAAUCUGAUAAAUGCGGACGGAGACGACGGUUUUCAGGUUUUGCAAUACAAAGUGAUCGCUAAAGACUCGAACGCAGACGUGCCAACAGAAGUAACGAUCACAAUUAACGUGCUCGACACCAACGACAACACGCCAGUGCUUAAUGUUCCGCAGACCCCGGUGCAGAUUAUGGAAAAUUCACCUGGUGGCACUGAAAUCGCGACUGUUACAGCCACGGAUCUCGAUUUCUCAGAACCGUUUGGGAAGAAACUGCAGUAUUUCAUCAACACCGCGUUUCCUGAGCAGGCAAAUUACUUUGAGGUCGACGCCACGACUGGCGUGGUUUCAGUAAAGGAAGGUGCUGACCUGGACAGGGAUGGACCCUUAGGUGACACGUAUCGCAUCGAGCUGAUUGUCAUGGACAACUCGCCCCCUACUGCCGGAGUUGAACCUACAAGAAACACAGGAACGGCAGGAUUUAACGUGAUCCUCUUAGAUGAAAACGAUGAGUCUCCUCAGUUUGAAGAGCCCACGCGAGUAAUCGAGGUCAACGAAGACGUAGAAUCGGACUCUAUGGUGUACGAGGGAAUCAGCGCUCCAGACGCAGACGCUCCAGGACCGUUCUCGAACGUGACAUAUGAAAUUGUUUCGUCAACUCCUCCGGGCGAGGAUUUAUUCACUCUUGAAAAUAUCAACAAUAAAGCAAACAUUAAGACUGCAAAAAUUCUGAAGGGCUUGUAUGGUACGAAGAUUCUGAGAAUCAAGGCCACUGACGGGGGAGGCAUCAACAGCGACGAGAAGGACUUUGAGAUCAACGUGUUGGAUGUUAAUGACAACAGUCCACAAUUUACUUGGCCACCGCAGGAUGGAUAUCCGAUUCGCAUUAGUUUGGAACAAAACGUAUCGCUGCCAUUGAGGGGUGAGGACGGUAGAGAUUUGACCCCGAUAAGUGGAACUGAUGCUGACAGCCCUGAAACUGGCAAUGGAAGAUUUGACUUUACUAUCAAAGGCGACGCUACCGCACUGAGGUACCUUGACAUUUCAUCUACAGUGAACAAUCAGGCGAGUCUACUUUGUAAGGAAAAGUUUCCUUCUGAGGGGCUCUUAACUUUUUCGCUCACACUCGUCGCCCGUGAUCAGGCACAAUCUAAUUCGUUAGAAACCGAGCGACAAGUUCAAGUGUUUAUCAUUACCACCACUGACGUUGUUCCCAUUUUUGAAGAUGUUAGCGACCCACAGAUUGAAUGGGAAGAAAAUGACCCAGCUGUAUCUGCAGAGUUGCCACUGGCCAAAGAUCUAAACAACGAAAAUCAAGAGCAGUCAAAUUGGCAGCCAAUUUACUAUUACAUUUUUGAUGGGGAUGCUCAGAGAGUGUUCAAAAUCACAAACGUGCUGGAGAAUAACGUUGUCACACCAAUCAUUGGACUAAGCGACCCUGAGGGACUUGGGCUGGACAGUGACGAUGGACCUAAACAAUACAUCCUGACCGUGAUUGCUUCAAACUCGCCAUUCCAACCGCCUUUGCUGAUUGGCGACGAGCGUCAGGUCAUCACAGUCACCAUCAAUGUGAUAGACCUGCCAGAUUCGUCACCAGUUUUUGCAGAAGACCUAUACGUAGGAGGCAUAGCUCCGACUGACGUCAUUGGCGUGGAGAUUAUCAGAAUUACCGCAUCAGAUUCUGACGUGGGCGAUACACUGACUUACAAAAUCAUCCCUGGGACAAUGUCCGCCAGCGAGAGCUACCUGGUUGAAGUCAUGGACAACGCUUUUGAUCUUGAUCCUAACACGGGUUACUUGAAGACCAAGUUUGCGCCACAGGACUACAUGAAAGGAUAUUUCACUUUCGACGUGGAAGCCAAAGAUUCAGUUAACAACGUAGCCACAACAAAAGUUAAGAUUUACAUAAUCAACGAUUCUAAUCGCGUGAAGUUUUUCUUCCUGAACGAGGUGCCCGACGUGGAUUCCCAAAGAGAUUUUAUUGCCGACGUCUUCACGCGAAACUUGGGUGACAAAUGCGCCAUCGACUAUGUCACGCAGUCGACUGAGGGCCGAGCGGAUACCGUUACCAUGGUGCGAACGCACUUCAUCGAUCAGAAUGCAAAUCUGCCAGUUGAAGGAGGCGUAAUUGAAGCGAGAGCUAACAAUCCUCAGACUUUGACCAGAAUGCGCGCAGAGUUAGUCCCUGUGAACUUGAACCUGCUGGACGUGACUUCCAGUGGGAUCCUUCCCGAAGACAACUUGGCCGCUGUGCUGACCACAACGCUGAUUGUAGUCGGCGUGGUUUUGGGAUCACUCGUCGCGCUCCUCCUCGUUGCUUUUGUCGUCAAGACGAGAAGUUUGAACCGUCGUCUCGAGGCUUUGUCGACGACAAAGUUCGGAUCACAAGAGUCGGGUCUCAAUCGCAUCGCCAUGAACGUCCCGAACACCAACAAGCACGCAAUUGAAGGAUCAAAUCCCGUGUGGAAUGAAGAAAUGCCGUCGUACGACAACCAAAGUCAACACAGCGGUGAUUCGGAAUUAAUUGGAAUUGAGGACAAGCCUGACUUCGCCUACGAAAACCAAAACUUCCAAAGCAACUUCUACGGCCAGGACGAAACCCUUCCCCCACCAUACCAGACCAGUAACAACCCCGACGUCCCCAGCACCUACCUGUAGAUUGUGAUUUUAUUAUACAUUAAUUGUAAGAUUCCUCUGAAUAAACUAUUUAUUACCAACACAA